AUGUCAGACCGCGACUCCCCCGCGCCCGCCGCAGAGGCCAAACCACCGUCCCCAUCCCGGCGCUCAAGGUCGCGAUCCCCGCCGCGCAAGAACAAGAAGUCCAGCGGCGGCUUCAAGUGGAAGCAGAAGCCCUCCGCCUCCGGCGCCGACGACACCCGCCGCGACGACAGGCGCUCCAGGUACGACGACGGCCCGCGCGGCGGCUCCUCGUCGAGGCCCAGCUACCGCGACGACUACCGCCGCGACGACAGGGACCGCGACGACCGCCGGCCACCGCGCGACGGCAGGGACGCAGACAGGAACCGCGAUCGAGACCGCGACGCCCGGCGCCGCAGCCGUUCCCCUCGUCGUGACCGUGACCGGGACGAUCGGCCAAGGGACAGGGACAGGGACAGGGACAGGAACAGGGACGACCGGCCGCCGCGACGAGAGAGGAAGGACAAGGCGGCCGCGCCGGCCGCGCCACCCCCGGCGGCAGCAGACGGCGAGGAGAUGAUCAUCGUGCACGUCAACGACCGGCUGGGCACCAAGGCUGCGAUCCCGUGCUUCGGGUCGGACCUCGUCGGGCAGUUCAAGAUCAUGGUUGCGGGCCGCAUCGGGCGCGAGCCGCACGAGAUAUUGCUCAAGCGGCAGGGGGAGAGGCCGUUCAAGGACCACAUUUGUCUUGCUGACUACGGCGUCAGCAAUGGUGUGCAGCUGGAUCUUGAGGUCGACACCGGUGAUUGA